AUGCCUUCAGAAUCGUACCCUCGGGACCGUUCACACUCGCGCUCAAGAGAUCGUUCGCGUUCCGGCUCUCCAGAAAGGCGCAUUCAACUGCCCAGCGGCGCCUCACCCAUCUCCGAGUCUGACUACUUCCUGAAGAGUGACGAGUUCAGGAUAUGGCUCAAGGACGAGAAGCGCAAGUAUUUCGACGAACUGACGAGUGACAAGGCGCGAAGAUAUUUCCGAAAGUUUGUGAAGGCGUGGAACAGUGGAAAACUCCCCAAGUCUCUGUACGCUGGAGUAGAUCCCUCGCAAGCAGCAAGCAGCCACACAGCAUACAGGUGGUCAUUCACCUCCAAGGCUUCCCGUGCCGAGGCCGAUGCCCUCCGCGCCGCCCGCGAAGAAGUCGGCUCAGCGACAUAUAAUCGACCCUCACAUACCGAUGCGCGCGCGUCCAGAGGUGCGCGGCUGCAGGGCCCCACACUCCCCUCCGCGUCUGAUAUGACGCUUGCGCGCGAGACGGCGGACGAGGCGCGCGCGGCGGAGCGCGACUACCAGCGCAAGCGUGACAAGCGGGAGCAAAAGGAGCGCGUCGAGGAGGUGGUCGGCCCGAAGCCGCUCGGGCGCGAGGGGAUGCUCGAGAAGAAGCGCACACAGCGGGAGAGCGACCGCGAGUUCCGAGAGCGCGGGGACGAAGGGCUGGAGUUGGAUGAGUCCACACUGCUGGGCGGCGGAGACAGUUUCAAGGACAGGAUCGCUAAACGAGACGCGGCGCGCAAGCGCUUCGAGGAGAAGAAGUUCGGCGGGAGGGACGAGAGGUUGUCUGCGGCGCGUGAGCGCGCCGACACCAUACGGCAGAAGGACAAGGCGACUAUGGACAUGUUCAUGCAGCUGGCGAAAAAUAAGUUCGGCUGA